AUGCAGUUCAUUAUUGUAUCAAAAUGUGGUUUCAUCAGAAUCGUUUUAAGGGAACACCCUAUAUAAUUUUAGGUUUCUAAAUUAUUAAUCUUUUUGACAGAACUUAAUCAUUUAUGAACGACGAUUAUCGUCAAGACAACUUCUAAUGACUACAAUUCUACAUGGUUAUGACUGUUGUUAAAUCUGUAGCAGCCUUUGAUUUCAUGGAUUUGUCAUUGGACAGCAGUGAAUAUUGUCAAGCACAACACAACGCAUUGAAUGCAUAUUAAAUAAUUUCAAUUUGAAUGUUAUGCUUGUUUACUGAACACGCAUUGAUCCCAAUCCAUUGUUAUUGUUGAAUCAUAUUCGUUUACUCGAAAAUUUAGCAUAACUUGUUGGUUAUAAGAACACAACAAUCCAUUUUCAUCCAUUAAUGGACUAACAGACUAUUCUGUACAACGCCUUCAAUUUAGGAAAGGCUUUUGUUGGGCGUUAAAUAAUAUUUACCAUUUUUUUUCUCUGGUAACUAUUACAAGUCAGCCUAAUGACAAACGAAGCCAUUAUGCGUCAAAAAGACAUCAGACCGCCACCGUGCGAAAUCGACUACAAAGGCAUGAGAUUUUUGAUCACAGACAGACCUAACGAUCAGACUGUUCAUAACUAUUUAGCUGAAUUAAAGAGACACAAUGUUAAACAUGUAGUACGUGUUUGUGAACCAACAUAUAAAGUAGAUGAAUUAAAAGCAGAAGGUAUUAUGGUCACCGACUUGGCUUACGAUGAUGGUACAUCUCCAGCUAAUGAGUUAAUUGAAGAAUGGUUUGAACUAUUGCGCAACCAGUUUCGUGCCGAUGAAGAAUCUUGUGUUGCGGUACAUUGUGUCGCUGGUUUGGGUCGUGCUCCAGUACUUGUGGCGUUGGCACUCAUUGAACUUGGAUUAAAGUACGAAGAUGCAGUCCAAUUGAUUAGAGAGAAAAGAAGAGGCGCUAUUAACGCAAAACAACUAGCUUUUCUAGAAAAAUACCGUCCAAAAUCUAGACUGAAGAUAAAAAAUGGACACAAGACCGUCUGUUGUAUUCAAUAAAAACUUCCUACACGCGCUCUGUUUUACCAAACGUAAACUAAUAACCAUUUUAAGUAUAGCACCAACAUAAUUAAUCCAAAUUGAAAAACAAAAAUUUCACUUCUAGAAAUUCAUAAACACUAACUAACAAUAAAUGUACGCUAUUUACGAUAAAAGAUCUGAUAACUUCUUUUUAUUUAGUAUAGUACAAAACCAUAAGUGUGUUAUAAAUAAAAAACUUAAUCCAAAUGUUAAGCAAAAUACGUAUGUACAAUAUCGGUAUUGCUUAUUUUUUUCUCAAUGAAAUCUGCUUUAUUUCAAUUUUUAAUCUAAGAGGUAUAAAAUAAUACACUUGACAAAUAAUAUAUAAUACUUAUCAUAGAGCAUUUCUCGUACGAAAAAAAAAAAGUUCUAUGAUAAUGUUUUCAUACAAUUGUAUCAUGUUGAUUGAUAAGACCGAACUAAUUUUCUACUUUGAUAAUAAUUAAUUUUUAUUCUAUUUUAUCUCGUACAAAAUAAUUGUUAAAGCUUUGCUUUUAAUCGCAGUAUAGUAACAACAGUGAUGAUCCCGUAUUUGAGCGUUUUAAAAAUAAAGUAGAUCUUAUUUAAUCGAUAGUAUUCAAUUUUGUUCAUUAACUGAUCAAUCUAUAUGAUAUUGUAAUGUGAUAGUUAUAAUAAUAAUUAUAUUCUCAUAACUCAUACAACAUUAAAACAUUUUUAUUAUAAUAAAUAUUGAUGCAGAUUACAACCAUUAUUUUACUCUUAUCGGAUACUUAUUGUGAGUUUAUUUUUGUUUUUAUAUGUAGGUAGUUUUGCGACCUUGUAGUUGUUUAUUUGUAAUCAAAUAAACAAAUCAAAAUAUAAUGUAGAUAUUUAAA